AUGGACCUGCCGUGCUACCACGGGCCCCUGUCCAAGGUCAGCUGUGAGCGGCUGCUGCUCUCGGACGGGGUGGACGGGAAUUAUCUGCUGAGGGACAGCGAGACCGUGCCCGGGGUCGUGUGUCUCUGCGUCUCGUUCAGGAACACCGUGUACACCUACCGCAUCUUCAAGGAGAAACCUGGCCAUUACAACAUCGAGACGGUGCAGGGCAGGAGACGGCAGGUCUUCCCCAGCCUGCAGGAACUCAUCAACACGUUCCAGAAGCCGGACCAGGGGCUGGUGGUGGCCCUGUUACAGCCCAUCCCCAGGGGCGGCCCCUGCCUAGGCUGGAGAAGGUCCAAGUUGGAGCUGGAGGACGUUUAUGAGAACAGCAGUAGUGAGUACAUGCAGGUCCUCCCCUGAGACGGCACAGCUAGGGGGACCCCUGGCCGGCCCCGGCCCAGGACACUGCAUGUGGGGAGUGAAGCUGCCCCGAGCACCCAUCACCCCUGGAAACUGUCAGCACCCAGGAAGACGCACUUGGCAACAGGCUCGGCCA